AUGGCAGAGGGCGCCUUUCGACAUCUCACAAAGUACGGCACACCUCAGCAACAUCCUCUCAUAGCCAGCGUUGACUCCUGCGGUACUGGAGCGUAUCAUGCAGGAGAUUUGCCGGACUCACGGACCAUGUCUGUGCUUAAGGACAAUGGCAUCACAGACUACAGGCACAAGGCGCGGAAAGUGAAGGUUGAAGACUUCGAAGACUUCGAUUAUGUAUUGGCCAUGGAUGAUGACAACCUUGUGGACUUGCGAGACUUGGUCAAGAGAGCUGCGAAGAAGGGCUCGUUGAAGGGGGAUGAGGCUGAGAAGGUGCAGCUUUAUGGAGCGUUUGGUGGGAAAAGCCAGAAGGAGGAGGUGAUUGACCCAUAUUAUGGUGGACGUGAUGGGUUCGAGAUUGCGUAUGAGCAGAUGGAACGAUUUGGUACAGGUCUUUUGAGGCACAUUGAGGCACGACGAGGUCCAAAGAUAUCGAUGAAGAUGUAA